UUUCUUCCAGUUUAAGGAUGCAAGAUUUCAAGAACAAAAGAAAAACUAAGUCUGAAUGAUAAAAAAAUUAAUUGCAAAUCCAAAAAAGAAAAAAAAAAUUACCAAAAGAAAACAAAAGCAAACAAAUGAUCCAAACUUUAGAACUUUCAAUCUGAGCUAAAACAUUAUUCAACACUCUCUAAUUCGAUGCAAGAGGUUCGUUCCCAUUAUAGUUUGUAGAAAGAGCUAAAACUUUAUUUUACUUUCAUCGACCGUUGUUAUUGAAACGAACCGGUUCUGAUCACACUCCGCCGGUUUAUUCUACGCAAUUCCGAUGUCGGAUCCACCCGGCUCUUCAGGACGCGCGAUGUUCACGCGCGGAUCUUCAACGCGAUUCGGGUCGGGUAAAAACCCGGACGAUUCAGCUGACGUAAGCAUCCCCGGAGACGGACCGCCGUCGAGGAGCUUCAAGCCGCAGUUUUCGCGUAACGAUUCCGUUAGAGAUCACGGUGACGACGGCGAAGACGAUGAUAGGAUCCUCCGUCAUCCGGUGGUUAAGUUCGCGGAAGAGAGGCAGAUGUCCGCGAGAGAAGCUGCCGCCGCGCAGGAAGCGGCUGAAGCUGACGACGACGACGAGGAAGAUGACGAUGAUUCAGAAGAAGCAGAGGAAGAGAAACCAUCUGGCCCGAAGCAGACGAUGUCGCUGAUGGAUCUGUUGGAAGAGACGGAUCGGCAAAUGGGGUUAACAGGUUCAAGAUACGCCAUGGAUGACGAAGAAGAAGACGAAUACGAAGAUGAAGACGAGGAAGAAGAAGGAGAGAUGAGUUGCUGCGUUUGUCAUGUGAACAUCAAAGGCGCGACUUUUACACCUUGUUGUGGUCACACGUUCUGUAAGCUCUGCUCUAAAGAGCUUAUGGCUCAGAAAGGUCAUUGUCCCGUUUGCAACAGCUUCGUUAUAGAGUUCCUCGACAUCUUUUAG